AUGGUUCGAUUGCGAUCUGGUCUGGUUGCUGGUGAAUACGAAGCGUUGCAAACUUCUGAUCAAAGGGACUCGACGAGGCAACCCCCCGCCGUCUCAAACGAUCAGGAACGCGUCACAGCGUUGCAACAAUAUAUGCAAGAUCUGAGAACUAGGGUCAAAGACGUCAUGCAAGCAAUGAAAGGGAAGGGCCAGGCCACAGUGAACGAUCUGGUAGAAGAUGUGGACGAUAAGGUUGCCCUCACAGCCUUUAUGGGAGGACUACAGACUUUUAAGUUCCUAUUUUUCUUAUCAAAAGAAGCCCCUACAAGCAUGACAGAGUUGAUGGUUAGAGCGUGGAAGCACAUGAAUGCACGAAAAAACAAAAAUGGUGAAGAUAAGAGGUCGGAGAAGAAGAGGCCAGCACCUAACACUAGGGAGGAAAAGGAAUCGAAGUACAAGAAAUUCUCAAACAACCAGGCUGACAGAUCGUCUCACCGCCCAGUGAGCCCAGGCAGAAGAUUGUUUCAACCUCAAAACCAGAUCGAGAACCUUGUUCAUAAAGGUCAUUUACGUAAAUUCACAACUAGAAAUGGAAAAGGAGGCUCCAACCCAGCCUGGGAGGGCCGAGAUGAUCGCCCUCCUCAACACCAACCAAUGGGUGAGAUCAAAGUUAUAUCGGGUGGCUUCGCUGGUGGUGGUGAGACAAGUUCGGCUCGGAAGGCUCAUGCUAGGAGAAUUCGGAAUUUUUCAAAGGUGAAUGAAGUUGGAAUGACAAGUCCUCCAACAAAAUUACCUCGAGUUGAGGAGUCGGUCAUAACCUUUUCUGAAGAAGAUGACAAGGGAAUUCACCAGCCCCAUGAUGACCCUCUGGUAGUUUCCAUGGUCGUUGCUAAUUUCACUGUUCGACGAAUACUGAUAGACAAUGGUAGCUCGGCUGACAUACUAUUUCUUAGGGCGUACGAGAAAUUGAAAAUUGGCCGAGAGAAGCUCCGACCCAUGAAGUCACCACUGGUGGGAUUUUCAGGCGACAAAGUAUAUCCACUGGGGGCAGUUACCCUUCCAGUUACUGCAGGAGCCAAUCCAAAGCAGGUCACUGUAAUGGUGGACUUUGUAGUGGUGGACUGCCCAUCAUCAUAUAAUUUUAUCCUGGGGAGGACAACAUUGAAUACCAUGAAAGCAAUCACGUCCACUUACCAUCUCCUGAUGCGUUUCCCAACUGAAUAUGGUAUGGGAGAGCUAAGAGGGGACCAAACAAUAGCUCGCGAAUGUUAUGUCGCCUCUCUCAGAAAACAAAAUUGCAAGAGGCAUUUACGAUUGAAGGGCUGGAAGGGAAAGAUAGACCAGACUUUCAUAGAGCGGAACCUACAGAAGAGCUAG